CUAGAGAAUGCGAAGAAUGAUCGUAUUAUAUUAUGAUUCUGAGUAAUGACAUCAUCAAAUACAAUAACCGAGUUAGGCAGAGCUUUUUCAGGCGAUAUCACCGUAUCGUUGUCGUGGAAUUUAAAUAACUUAACGUCGGGAACAGCGCUUAAAAUCUUCUCGAGCAUAACGUAUUUAGGCUGUUCAAGUGUUUUCGAAUAAAUAUAUACAUUUUCAAAUUUAAUACCGUUCUCGUGAACCAAUAGUGUGAAAACAAGAUUUGUUUUUCCACACCCGGACGGACCGACGAUUAACGCGCGUAUCGUGUUCGGAAACAGCGGCCCGUGUCUCGGUGGACGGGUGGCGGCGUUACCAUUGCACAACGACAACGGGUCGAUAUUAUCGACUUUGAGUUUUAUUUCCUGCUUCGCAAAUCGCAUUGUAUAAAUACACGUGACGAUCGAGUAUCACGCUCAUAUAAUGUUGUCACGUGCAAAGGUCAAGACCAAUAGCGGUGCAGGGCUAUUAAACACCGUAAUAAAUAGUGUACCGUUCGAAUUACAUCUACCCGGUUAUCAGUACUGUGGGCCGGGAACCGAUUUAAAAAAAAGACUUGCUCUCGGACAGUCCGGAAUAAACGGUUUAGAUGCAGCGUGCAGAGACCACGAUAUAGCUUACGAUAAAAAUAAUUCUUUAUCGGAACGAAACGCGGCCGACGGUGUAUUGGAAGAGCGUGCUUGGAGCAGAGUGCUUGCGAAAGACGCUAAUUUUAAAGAAAAAGCCGCCGCGUGGCUUGUAACGACGGCUAUGAAGGCUAAACGCAAAAUCGGCGCUGGUUGUGGUUUCGUCAAUAUUGUCAAAGCGUGUAAAAAAGCGCUAAAAAAAUCGGUGAAAGCGGGAUCGAGAACAGAGAAUAUGGGUAAAUUAAUUAAAUCAGCUGUAUGCGUGGCGCGAAAGCAUGUGAAAAAAACGCGCGGGCGAUCAAAUAAUAAUAAUAAAAAUAAACCGCCCCGUGUGAUCAGAGUUCCUAAAACAGGAGGUUCUCUCUCGCUAAUUCCGAUAUUGGCUGGUCUUUCAGCUUUGGGUACGCUGAGUGGGGGAGUAGCCAACAUCGUGAGAACAAUACACGGUAUUAGAUCUGGCGGCCAAUCGCCUAUACAUUUAGGUAAAGGAAUGUAUUUAGCACCGCAUAAAGGUGCUGGCUCGUAUGCCAUUGUAAAGAAAUCUAAUGGUCGUGGUUCACGUAAACGCGCUACAGGUGGUAAAUCGAAAAUGGCGUCUAGGAAAAAGACGGGCACGUCUACGAAAAAGAGAAAAAUAUCGAUGAAUAAUAAAAAAAAAUCUAGGAAGAUGAAGGCGGCGAGAAAAUCAUCAUCAUCAAAGACAAAAAACUAA